UCUUGGGUGCGUAGCUAAAAAAGGCCACUUCAUUCUCCUUCUUUCUGCAAUCUCGCACUCUCCUCCAUACUCAUACGCUCACGCUACUGUAUAUCGACAAAUCUCCCCACUCUCACUGUUUCUCUAUUCCUCUCUCUCCGACUACGUUUUCAGAUUCCCUGAGUUUAUAGAGAGAGGAAGUUAUCAGCUGAUUCAGAUCCUCCACUUUCGAACCAGAUCAUAACUCCGAUCCGAUCCCCUCCUCAAAACUCGCGGUUUUUCAACCAGAGAUCCGAAUUUUUUUGAAAAAUUUCCGUUUUUAUUUCAAGGGGAACUUCUUUCUCUAUCUCUAUCUUAAGCUCUUUAUUACGUUUUGAUUUCCAGCUGCUUUGGAGACUAGUAGAUUAAAGGAAAACGCUGAUUUAGCAUCACAAUUAAUGUAGAGAGAGAGGGAGAGACAGAGAACUUCCAUCUCUUGCACUCCAUACAACUAGCUGAUCCUUGGGUUAGAGAUCUGGCAUUGUAGGCCAGAUUGCUAUUAGAUGAUAUGCAACACCUGCAUAAGGAGUGUGGUUGCUCGAGUUGGGAUAUUAUCCAAAACAAGGUCGCAGUUGAUCAAUAUCAGGAAUUUAAAUGCAGGUCUCCACCUCAGUUAUACGUUAAAACCUGAGUUUUCAAUGAAUCUAAAUAUGAUGGUGGAUUCGGGCUCAACGGCAAAAAGGGGACCUGUUGUUGACGUGCUCCCUGAGAAAGAUGAUGAUGGUGGAUAUGUUAGUGGAGGCUGGAAAAGUGAAGACGGCAAACUGAGUUGUGGAUAUUCAAGUUUUAGGGGAAAGAGAGCCACAAUGGAGGAUUGCUAUGAUAUUAAGAAUACAAAGAUUGAGGGUCAAACAGUCUGCAUGUUUGGAAUCUUUGAUGGUCAUGGUGGAUCCCGCGCUGCUGAGUAUUUGAAGAAGCACCUAUUUGAUAAUCUGAUGAAGCAUCCAAAAUUCAUGGAAAAUACAAAACUGGCUAUAAGUGAAACAUAUAAACAAACUGAUGUGGACUUCUUGGACUCUGAAAAAGAUACCUACCGUGAUGAUGGAUCUACUGCUUCAACAGCUGUAUUAGUUGGUAACCAUUUAUAUGUUGCCAAUGUUGGAGAUUCACGAACUGUGAUAUCAAAAGCUGGAAAAGCAAUUCCUCUCUCUGAAGAUCAUAAACCAAAUAGAAGUGAUGAAAGAAAGAGAAUUGAAAGUGCUGGGGGAGUAGUAAUGUGGGCAGGCACCUGGAGGGUAGGAGGAGUAUUAGCUAUGUCACGUGCUUUUGGUAACCGCAUGUUGAAGCAAUUUGUUGUAGCAGAACCUGAGAUACAGGAUCAGAAAAUAGAUGAAGAACUUGAAUUGCUUGUGCUUGCAAGUGAUGGACUUUGGGAUGUUGUACCCAAUGAGGAUGCGGUUUCAAUUGCUCGAUCAGAAGAAGAACCUGAGGCAGCCGCAAGAAAAUUAACAGAGGCUGCUUUUACGCGUGGCAGUGCAGACAACAUAACCUGCAUUGCAGUGAAAUUCCAUCAUAUGAAGGCAGAUCCAGCCAAUAACCAAAGUCAUUAGAAAUUGGUAUUCAUGUUGCAAGUGUAGAUUUAUUGGCUUAGGCAGACGAAUUUUGCAAUCUGUGCAUGCAUUAUAACUGAAUGUGCAUAUGGAGGAGUCCAUUUGUUUAUUCAUUGUUUUGUUUCUUAAAACGUUGUUGCAUGAAGAUUAUGGACUCAAGCGUCGUGCUUGUUUACAAAGUUGUUCAUACAUAUCUGUAUUUUGCUACCUUGCUGGUUUUAAUUGCAUCUAAUAAAAGGUGUUCGGUAUCAAUUUAUCCUUC